UCCGCAGAGAUGCUGAAGGAGCUGCGAUGAUAAAGAGCCGUUUACAGAAACACGGCGCUGUUUGUGCAUAUGUCAGAGAAAAGGAUAUCUCCCGCCGUCCUCAUGGAUGAACAUUCCGCAUAUAAGAGUUAUAUACACCACCUGACGUCUUCGACAUGAUUUCAAAGCGCGUUUUGUGAGAUUUAUAAACCACACCCGGCGCUGUGAGGAACGGGAUUGAGUGGGCACCACACGGCUCCAAUGCCAGACCCAGACCCCUGUCGCUGGCGUUAGGGGACGAGCUCGACCACAGACAGAAUGAGCGCAGGGCAGGAGCAGACAGACAUCCUGUCCACGGGCAUUCUGGUGAAGGAACGAUGGAAAGUACUGAAAAAAAUUGGCGGUGGCGGCUUUGGCGAGAUCUACGAGGCUCUGGACCUGAUGAACCGCACCAGUGUGGCUAUGAAAGCAGAGUCCGCUCAACAACCCAAACAGGUUCUGAAGAUGGAGGUGGCAGUGUUGAAGAAACUGCAAGGAAAAGAUCACGUUUGCCGGUUUGUAGGAUGUGGCCGCAAUGAUCGCUUUAACUAUGUUGUCAUGGAGCUUCAGGGCCGCAAUUUAGCGGAUCUGAGGAGGAGCAUGAUCCGGGGCACUUUCACAGUCAGCGCUACACUAAGACUGGGUCUGCAGAUCCUGGAGGCCAUUGAGAGCAUCCACUCAGUUGGCUUUUUACACCGUGACAUCAAACCGUCCAACUUUGCCAUGGGCCGAUUUCCUAGUACAUGUCGAACUUGCUACAUGUUAGAUUUUGGUUUGGCACGCCAAUUUACAAACUCCUGCCAAGAAGUCAGACCGGUCAAACGCCCUAGCAACCACCUGGCACCCAACCAGAUCACCUGGAAAGUUGCUAGACAUUAUGAGUGGCUACGGCGGUACAGGAUUUGUGCCGGCAGCACCAGUGACUCAGAUCUGCUGACCUGUCUGGCCCAGCUAAUGCACACCAGCUCGCCCCGUGGCUCUCCACAUCACAGCUGCUCCUCCCCCCAGCACAUGAGUGCCAGGCACAUGUUCGUCGGUCCCACCGCUGCUCACCACCUCCACCAGCGCAGCUGUAGCGCCUCCCCCCGCAGCUCCUCCUCACUACAGCGCUCUGUCAGCUCUUCCCCGUCCCGCCACGAGCACCAUGGGGGCUGUCUGGGCCGCAGCCGUUCUCCUCCCAGUUUCUCGGGCUCACCUCCUCUGCGCCGCUCUCAUCCUCACAUGCAGGAAGGAUGCUGUGGGAGACAGGCCCACUCUGCCACUGUACACGCCCAGCGGGGCAAAGCCGGCAUCCGUGAGGUCAGGUGCUCGAACAAGCUGAGCAGAUAGUCAACCACAGGUUUCAGACACUAGUGGAAGAUGUGAACGAGUGAAAGGUUCCACAGUAGCUAAAAAAAUAUGAUUCUCAUUCCUUCGCACAUUUGCAACUCCUUUGUUUUCUCUUCAUCAGUAGCCUCAAUUUUAAGAUGCUGGCUUUUGGGAACACCAAAGUCACUUUUAGAACAUGGGAGGUUAUACAUGAUGGUGAGUGGCUGGAUCUUUAGUACUUUAUAGUU